CGAAUCGAUUACCGGCAAUAAUAUUAUAACAUUGUAUAAUAUAAAUCUUAUCACGUAUCGUUAUUACGGCAGUGCUCAGUAUGUUGUCACGGCGUUAGGUACUUACGCGAAAUUUAAUGACAUGAGUCUAAUCAUGACAUACAGUUCACACUACAUCUCGAUACAUCACUACGAUAUCGAUUGAUCAAACGGAUUAUUGUGAUACAUAAUAUUAUAUUGUACAUCAAAUCAAUCGUGAAGCAUUUAUAAUUAUUCAAUUGGUUUUGGUAUAGCAUGGAUCGAGUGUUCGAUCAUUUGCGGUAUGUCCGGUGUCCAACGUGUUCCCGCGUUUUCUGCUGCACUAAACACAGGGUUCAGCAUGAGCGGCGCGUACAUGUCGCGGUUCCAGGAGGGCCGGUGAUCAGGCGCCGCUUCCGAUCGUCGCAAAUGCUGCAACAGCCAGGAAAACAGAAAACGGUUCAUCCCGCUGGCCGAUCCCCUAACAACAGUCGGAAGAGGUUGCACGUGGCCAUCACCCCGACCGCAACUCAGUCCAUCAGUAGCGGCUUGCGAAUUAUGGAACAGCGUCAUCACCGGCGGGUCGAGGAGCUGCGUCGGACUGAAGAGCUUCGCAGUGCCGAAGAGCUGCGCCGGACCGAGGAACAGCGCUGGACCGCGGAACAGCGUUCGGUGAUGAUCAAGACAUGCGCUCGGAACAUACUCAAAGCCCGUCGAUCUAGCCUCACGACCAUCAGACAUCUUCGGCCAGUGGCUGAAAGCAGUCCCGCGGUUCCAGCGCCACCGCCGAGCACACCGCACACCACGUCCACGGACGUCGCCGAGUCUGCGGUCACCCCUGUUGAGUGGUCGGUAGUCGUUUCGUCGGUAGGCAGCCCACCGAGCUUUUAUCAAACGCCGAUGCAGACGCCAACACAAAAGUUUCCCGACACACCGUCGCUACAAAAGCUCUCAGACACGCCGUUACAAAUACUUUCAGACACGCCGUUACAAAUGCUUUCAGACACGCCGUUACAAAUGCUCCCGGACAAGCCGUUGCAAACGCUCUCAGACAGUCCUGUCAACGGCAAGCCGCCAUAUAACAGUAGAAGUGUAAAGCGCAUGUCGUCAGACGAUGGUUCAACACAAAAAGGAUUUUUCUGGUCAAACAUAGCUCGUCGCUUUCGGUUAGCUCUACGGCCGGUCAAACCCAAAGUUGUCGAGAACAGCUACUGCUCAUCUCCGUCUGCAUCAACGAACAUGGACUGCAUGGUGAAUCCGUACGGUAACAUCCAACCGAGACGGCCAAUCUGCAACAAUGAUACGUUGAUGACACCCGUCCAUCCCAGGCCAUCGCUUGAAGCCAUCCGUAAGGCCCACGAAGAAGCGAGCAAGGCCUUUAACAAAUUUAUGACCGAUUAAAAUAUAAUGUUGCCCGGUUAGUGCAACAUAUACAUUUCAUUUAAUGACAGGUAAUAUUUUUGGUGUACACCUAUAUUAUGUUAUCUAUCUAGUUAUUUAAAUUCAUAUUUUUUUUAAUUUUUAGACUUAGGGGAUUAAUUGAAUUUUUUAUUAAUGAAUUAAUCAUAAUAUAAUUUGUAGACUUAAUGUGUUUUUUUUCACUUCUGUAUUUUUUAUCUGUAAUGUACUAAGUAUAAUAAUAAUUGUGUUUAUUUAUUAUAAAACCAAAAUUUAAAAAUUUGAAUAUCAUAUUUACAUAUUUCUUGUUCUAAUUAAUCAUUAUUGUGAUAUUUAAAUAUAGAUAUAUUAUACAUUUAA